CAGCAAUAUGAAGAGACCUGUUACGUACUGGUACACAAAGGACCAACCAAUAUUUGAGAACACUGAAGAUUUUGUUGACACAAGGAUUGAUGUGACGAGAAUCCCAGCAGGCUCAGAUACACCGCCUUGCUUGAAGAUUAGCCAUAAUACUUUUGAGACAAUGGAGAAGGCUAACUGGGAGUUUCUGAGACUCUCAUUACCUGUCAUAUGUCUACCAACAUUCAUAGAUGAAACAGAGAAAGUCAGGCGAUGGCAGGAGAUUAAGAUUCGUCAGCAUCGACUUCUAGCUGAGGCUGACCACAGUCAACCAGCACAUAUAGAACAAAUCAUGAAAUCUGGUUUCACAAUGAGUGAUAUUAAAG